AUAAUUUAUUACUAAUGUCACAUAAGGAAGUUGAUAACAAACCAAUGCAUGGGAACCCGCCAGAUGAAUAAUUAGCUAAUGGUCCAAUAGAAAACCGUUCUUGUUAGGAUUUGAUCUGUUUUAUUUUAUUUAUUGGAGCAACAGUAGCAUUUGUAGUAAUAAUAUCAAUGGGAUUUAAUGAAGGAAAGCCAGAGAGAUUAAGUUAUGCGUAUUUAAUAUAUAAAUGAUAGUUAUGAUCCAAAUGGGAGAGCUUGUGGACAUGAUGAAGGUGUUUUUAAUGCCCCUUACAUUUACUUAGUAGCACCUUUAGUAGGAUAUUUAAACAGAUCUGUAUGUGUUACAUAAUGUCCAAACUGGCAAGAGGGUACAUAAUCACCUAAUCGGUAAAACAUAAAUUUGAAUUUCAGUUUAGAAUGUGUGGUGAAUAAUGUUAUAACAAACUGUUCUGAAAGAUAUUCAUAUGAUGGAGUUAAUGAUAUAAGAGAUUUCGAUAAAAAUUUUUUACUAAAUAAGGAAAAUUAUGCAAAUGAGCCAUCAGUUGAUAAAUUGUUUAAUUACUCAACUUUUAUUUAUAAUUCAACAAAUGUUUUAGAUAGAUUAUGUAUACCAUCAGGGGAAUAAUAUGUAGAGAAAAUAUAUGGAAAUAUGGAUGACAUAGCUUCAGUUUAAAUGUAAUUAAUUUAAUAAUAUUAAGAUUUGAAUAAUGGGUAGCUGAUAUAAGAUUGACAUAUAAAAUUAUCUUUGCCUCUGUUGGAAUAGCAUUUGCUAUCGGAUUAUUUUAUAUGUUAGUUAUGAGAUAUUGUGCUGGAACAUUAACAUGGACAGCAAUCUUUUUAUAUUUUGUUUGUAUUGUCUUAUUCAUUAUUUAUCUCAAUGACAAAGCUAAUGCUUAGUAAUUAUUAUAUAUAUUUGAAUAAUAGUAAAACAAAAGCAGCAUUAAAUACAGCUUAAGGAAUUGCUGAUACUGAUAACCAAGAUUUAUAGACUUAUUAUGGAUUGAAAGGCUCUAUGAUAGGAAUGUGUAUAAUAGGUGGAUUGUCAUUAUUUGGAUUAUUAUGUUAUUUUAAUAGAAUAAGAAUGGCUAUAGCUGUAAUAAAGACAUCAGCUUUAUUUGUUAUGGAAGUACCUUCAGUUAUGUUAGUUCCUCCAAUAUUCUCUCUACUUGUUAUGGGUUAUUGGGGAUUGUGGAUUAUUUCCUUUUUCUAUAUAUAUUCUAUGGGAGAAGUUAAAGGAAGCAGUGAUACACCUUUAGCAACCGUAGAGUGGGAUGAUAAUAUUCGAUAUUAUUUGAUUUAUCAUCUCUUCUAUGGUCUAUGGACUAAUGCUUUACUCUAAGCUAUUUCAUAAUUUAUUUUAGCAUCUUCUGCCUGCCUAUGGUAUAUUUAUAAUUACUAUUAAUAUUAGGUUUUAUUAACAUAGUGAUGGACAAUUAAUUCAUUUCUAUGUUUUGGAAUCUGUCAAAAGAUCUAUUAUUUAUCAUUUUGGAUCAUUAGUUUUUGGUGCUCUUUUGUUGGCUAUUGUACAAUUUAUUAGGUUUUGGUUAGAAUAUAUCAAUUAUUAAAUGAAACAAUUUUAAGGAGAUCCUAAACAACCUAUUAAAUGUUUUAUAGAUUGUUUAAGAUGUUAUGCUUCUUGUUUUGAAAGAUUUGUUUCAUUUAUUAAUAAAAAUGCAUUUAUUUAAAUUGCCUUAACAGGAGAUAACUUUCUCACUGCCGCUAAAAAUGGCUUUUAUUUAGCAUGGAAUAAUGCAGGUUAAUUUGCAGUUACAUCUGGAAUUGGUAGUGUAUUUUGCACUCUAUGCAAAUUAUUUAUAGCUUUUUCUACCACUUUUCUAUGUUACAUGAUUAUUACUACAUCUGAUACCUAUAAAGAUAAACUUAAUUCUCCAAUCGUACCAACUUUACUAUUCUUUAUCAUCUCAUAUGUAAUUGGAGAUCUUUUCAUGUCUGUAUACGGAAUGUCCAUUGAUGCUAUUCUAUAAUGUUCUAUUACUGAAUUAGAACUUAUUAAAGCUAAUCCUGGCUUAUUGAAAAAAAAGAGAGCACCUUAACCUAUAUAAGAAUUUUUGGAUGAACAUAAAAAAUAAUGA